UUACCAUCAGAUGAUUUCACUUCUUUUAAGACCUGGUAUGAUAAUGGAUUAUCUACUGUUGGUGGUAGCGGUAAUUAUUAUGACACCAUUUUAAAUAAUAACAUACUCCCUUGCCUUCAGUUCACAAAUAAAGAGUUAUCGGAUAAGGUCCAUGCAGCUAUUAAAGGAGAGAGUAUUGUAUUGGAACCAGUGACUGGUGAGGUGUUGAAGGAGGGGGAGGAGUCAAGCACUCCAGCUGUUAAAAAGUGUGAGCUAAGUGGAGAGGAGUCUGUCCCUUGUACUUUUAAAAUGCGUUUGAGUGAAUCCUCUGGCUGGAUAUGUGUCACAACAACUACCAGAGAGAGGAUUGUUAGUGUCUGUGAUUUUUACACUUUUAUAAGUUACGUACAAAAAGGAAUAAUAAAGAAAGAAGUUACUGAUGUUUACUGGAGGGUUGCUAAGCUACGUGCAAUGAUGUGUCUAUCUGUCCUGUCCCUGUCCCUACCUGACACUGUCCAGUGA